GUCCUUUUCCAUUAUCACCAACCGAAGGAGCGGAACCAACGUCAAAUCCUCUUGGUUCUUCAGGUCCACGUAAGCGUUGGAGAUCUGAGAACUUUGACAGGACUGAGAUGUGGAAGAUGCUGCACAGACUUGUGUUCCUGACCCUGUUGGGGCUGGUGUGGGGGGAGGAGGGGGCCCGUUUACUGGCCUCCAAGUCCCUGUUGAACCGAUACGCUGUGGAGGGACGGGACCUCACACUGCAAUACAACAUCUACAACGUUGGCUCCAGUGCUGCUUUGGAGGUCGAGCUGUCAGAUGAUUCUUUUCCUCCUGAAGACUUUGGGAUUGUUUCAGGAAUGCUGAAUGUGAAAUGGGACAGGAUUGCACCUGCCAGUAACGUGUCUCACACGGUGGUUUUGCGUCCGUUGAAGGCGGGGUAUUUCAACUUCACCUCUGCCUCCGUCAGCUACCUGGCCCAGGAGGGAGGCCAAGUUGUGGUUGGAUACACCAGUGCCCCUGGUCAGGGGGGGAUACUAGCCCAGAGGGAGUUUGACCGGCGCUUUUCUCCACAUUACUUGGACUGGGCUGCCUUUGGUGUGAUGACUCUGCCCUCCAUUGGAAUCCCACUGCUUCUCUGGUAUUCCAGCAAGAGGAAGUACGACUCAUCGAAGGUCAAAAAGAACUGACGGAGCCCUUCACAGUUUCAGGCGGAGUGUGGUUGACCUGCAGUUUAGUGGCCGCAGGAACUCUGCAAAGUUUAAGGACCCAUAUUGGGGGUGAAAAAAUAAUAAAGUGACCAAUGACAUGAUUGAAAUAAGAUUUGUUUUUCAAAGAACAAACAUCAACAAAACUUUAGUUGUGGAAUAACCAAACAUGAAAGUUGUGUCCAGCUGAAGGCCUGAGCUCCACCAGCUGCUCCUGAUUCCAUCAUGUUUGCAACAGAGGUAUUAUUGGAACAUGGUUUUUGGUACACUGUAACUUUUUUUUUUUUUAAAUGAAUUCAACUUUGAGUUUUGUUUGUCAUUUGUUACACUUCAAAUGAGUAAUAAAUGCAACCGAUGACUGUUGAA